AUGUCUUUUGUUGUAGAUCAAGUGCGACGAGUAGAUUCGCAGAUCGACCGUCUGCAGUUGAACGCGCCUCCACCAGUAGGACCCAUCAACAUCAAUGGCGACGAUCAACACUACCCCUCGGAAAGAGCGGAACAUCUGCAAUCACUGGUCAAAUCUCUAUCCAUAACACCCUCCUCAAGGAAUCCUCUACUCUCGGCCUCUCAAAUUCAACACUACCUUUCGCGCGCUCAGAUCUCGUUGCCGGACGAGGGAGAAGACCUAUCAACAAAGAAGCACGAUGGUGAAUACGAGCAAGAGUUGGCAUGGCUGCUAGUCGCAAAAGCUACUGUACAGGUAUAUGGCUUGAUCCUAUCUCGUCUUUUAGAUGAGACGGUCGCGCUCGCAGAUGACGUUUGGUACUGGGAUCAAGUGCUAGGCAGUCAACAAGCGACCGUACUUUACAGCUUCCAGACUGCGCCGCUUCGCCUCGCCGAGUGGAGUAACUACGUCUGGGCUGAUGUACGCAAGCGUAGUGCCGACUUCACUAUUCGUGGAGCGGGUGCCGAGGCACAGCAGAGCUUGACGGCACGCUGGACGGAGUUCUAUGGACUGGUCAAAGAGGUGGUUAGAGAAAAGGGUAUCAAGGAGAUGCGCAAACGUGUCGUGAGCCCUGUCGCUAGAGUUCGUGGUUCUGUCCGCCAGAAGCAAAAUGAACUCAAGCGAUGCAGACUGCGUGGAGCCAACGCGUUGGGUGUGCUACUUGGAGAAGGAUUGAUGAAUGAGAACAUGCAUGGCGAGGGCUUUGCAACGCCGCAUGGUCAUCAAGGUCGGGACAAGUGGAAGGCUAGCGUGGCACGUAAUGUUGCUCUCAUGGAUGCUGUCCUUGCCAAAGUCAACGAGGAGGAGCUCGCAGUUGAUAAGUUCGAUGCUGCCAUUGCAGCAGCCACUGACGAUGACCCGCUGUACGAUGUGGAAGUCUACACUCAAGAGGGUGGUGAGACUUCUGAGCUAGGAGUGCACCCUGCGACCAUCGCCGACAGACUGAUCAAGAUGCUACACGCCAGGAUCCCGGAGUAUACACAGCAGUCCAAGGUCGUGGUACGGAAGCACGGCAAACCAUCUCGUAUUGUCAGAUACUGGCUACCUAUCACUGUGGGAAUUCUUUCGUCGAGUACCAUCCUCCGCUACCUUGUCAACCGCAAGGCAGAGAUUCUUACUUGGAUCCAAGAAUUUGGCCACACGAUUCGCGACUUCUGGAUCAACUGGUGUGUAGAGCCUACCCGUAAGGUAAUCCAGACAAUUCGUCACGACAAAGACAGCGAGGUGUCAAUCAUGUCGAAAAGAUCACUGGAAGGCGACAGGUCUAGCUUGGAGCGCAUGGUUGUGGACUUUGCGAUAGACAACCCUGGCAAUGCGACAGACACUGGCAGCCCGCUCACAGAAUCGGAGAUCGCAAGUCUCAGAGCCAGAGUUCGCGAGGGCGACUUGACGCCGGUGCUCAAAGCAUACGAGAAGGAUCUCUCCAGUCCUUUGAUGGGUAGCAUCCGUGGAAACCUGAUCCGCGCGUUAUUGAUUCAGGUUCAGAAGACCAAGGUCGACGUUGAGGUGGCCAUGGGUGGCAUUGAUGCAUUGCUCAAGAGUCAAGAAUUGGUCUUUGGCUUUGUCGGCCUGACACCUGGUAUUCUUGUCACGAUUGGAAUCUCACGCUGGCUCUCAUCUACGUUGACAUCACGACGAGGCGCUGAUGCCAGUCGCAAGCAGGGACACAUGAUGCGACAAUUGCGCAACAUUGACCGAGUGCUCACCAACUCGACACCGACAGAAUUUGGCGAACUGUACUACAAGGAUCACGGCUUGUUGUUGUGCGAAGUUCAUGUUCUGCGCGAGGCGGCGCAUAGAGUUAUGCCUGCACAAAUAUUCAGGGACUUUGUUGAAGAUGUGGAGGAGCUGGUCGACGUCCGAACCGGAGUCAAGAAACAGAACAAGGUGGUCAACAGAAUCCGCUGGGCAUACAAGCGAUACUUUUAG